UGCCGCUCGGAGCCGCGCUGAGUGUCUGUCGCCUCGGGUUGAAUUUCAGCGCGGCAGCGCUCGGGUUUCUCUCCGGGAGAUCAGGUUUAAAACGCACCGGCUGCCUCUCUUCUCCUCCCUCCCUCCCUUCCUUCUUUGGAGCUCUCCUGCUGCCCACCACUGCCCUUUUUCUUCCGUCCACACAUAUUCACACUUUGACUGGAAGUUUUUUUUAUUUUUUUUUUAUUUUUUCCCCCGGCAGAGCUGCUCCACUGACGGCGGUGCGCGCUCGGAGAGCCGGGAGUCAUGAAGCGACAUUAGGAACAAAUAACCGCGGGAAAGAAAAAAAAAGAGAGAAAGAGGACAACAGGACGAAGGGAAUAAAACAGUCGGAGUGAAACAGGAACCAGGACGACGUCCAAGGGAGCCUGGGUGCAACAGUGGAACCUCCUCUUUGAGAGAGCUUUUCUCCUCUGGAUGGUAUGGCUGAAAUGCUGAAUCCGCCGGGCCUGCUGACUAUGCCCCGGAGCCCCACCUCCAGUGAGGAUGAGAUGGCCCAGAGCUUUUCUGACUACUCAGACGACUGUGCCUCCGACAGCUCCCACGAAGAGACCAUUUACGAGACCAUAAGGGCCACCGCCGAGCCAUCGCGGAACCACAUGGACGACAUUCACAUCAACUCGCUGGUCAUCCGCAUCGUCAUCCCCGACCUGCAGCAGACGAAAUGCAUGCGGUUCAACCCGAAUGCGACGGUCUGGGUUGCAAAGCAGCGGAUCCUGUGUACACUUAAUCAGAGCCUGAAAGACGUGCUCAACUAUGGGCUUUUCCAGCCUGCUAGCAAUGGGAGGGACGGCAAGUUCCUGGAUGAAGAGCGCUUCUUUCGAGAGUACCCCCAGCCAAUCAGCAAGGGCGUCCCGUCUUUGGAGGCCAAUCUGAGGAAGUUCAUGGACCUCAUCCAGCAUAAUCAGGUGGACAAAGUGUCUAAGAUGUUGGAGAGAGGCUUCGACCCCAACUACCAUGACAGUGAGACCGGUGAGAGUCCUCUGACAUUUGCUGCUCACCUGGACAACGUGGUGGAGUUGAUCAAGGUGCUGAAGACGGGCGGAGCUCACCUGGACUUCAGAGCCAAAGACGGCACGACUUCCCUCCACAAAGCCGCGCGCUCCAGGAACCUCGGUUCACUCACGACCCUGCUGGAGUUGGGAGCUUCUCCGGACUACAAGGACAGCCGUGGUCUGACUCCUCUGUAUCACAGCGUGAUGGUGGGGGGGGACCCGGGCUGCUGCGAGCUCCUGCUCAACCACCACGCCUCCGUCUGCUGCCAGGACGAGAACGGCUGGCAUGAAGUUCACCAGGCUUGCCGUCACGGCCACGUGCAGCACCUGGAGCAUCUGCUGUUCUAUGGCGCAGACAUGAGCGCCCAGAAUGCCUCGGGAAACGCUGCUCUCCACAUCUGUGCCCUAUACAACCAGGAUAACUGUGCCAGAGUGCUGCUUGUUCGUGGAGCCGACAAAGAAGUGAAGAACUACAACAGCCAGAGUCCAUUUCAGGUUGCCAUUAUUGCUGGGAACUUUGAGCUCGCUGAACUCAUCAAGAACCACAAAGAGACGGAUAUAGUGCCUUUCCGCGAGGCUCCAGCCUACUCCAAGCGCCGCCGGGGCCCGUCUUCUGGCAGCGGAAACGAGCCGUCCCCCUCCUCCCUAUCAGCGCCGCGGGUCCUGCUGCGCUCCAACAGCGACAACAACCUAACAGUCAGUCAGUACCAGCAGCAGCAGCAGCACGGGUCUCCUGGCAACUGGGCCCCCCAUCUGCAGCAACACGCCCAGCCCCACCCACACAGGGCCCCCCAGCAGGGUCUCUCGCAGCCUGGCUCCUCAGCAUUACACCGCAGCCUGUCACCCCAGCUGCUCCAGCAGAUGCCCAGCGGCAGCCCAAAUGGCAACGUGGUGGUCCGGACCAUGGGGAGGGGGGCACGGAGCCGCUCACCCUCCCUCAGCCGGCUUGGGGAGGAGGCCCGCCGAGCUCCGCCUGCACAGCGCCAGCCCAGCCCCAGCAGUCACGGCGAGGCCGUAGGCACCAGGAGGAAGCUGUACAGCGCCGUUCCUGGCAGACAUUUCGUGGUGGUUCGUCCUUACAUCACCCAGGCCGAGGGAGAGAUCAACCUGUACAAGAGCGACAGGGUCAAAGUUCUGAGCAUCGGGGAGGGGGGUUUCUGGGAGGGCAGCGCCCGCGGCCAGGUGGGCUGGUUUCCAGCCGACUGUGUGGAGGAGAUCCCGGCCAAGGCCGCCGACGAGAGGAGCUAUUCCCGAGCAGACCGCGCUGACAGACGGAAGCUCUUCAGACACUACACGGUGGGCUCCUACGACAGCUUCGACGCCUCGAGUGACUGCGUGGUGGACGAGAAGACGGUGGUGCUCCAGAAAAAGGAGAAUGAGGGAUUUGGCUUCGUCCUGCGAGGGGCAAAAGGUAGGAACAAUUUACUGACUUUUUUCUCAGCGGAGACUCAGGAAACGGAGUCGGCAGCGUGGUUCGCUGGAGAGAAGCGGACAUCAGGACGGAGUGAAAAUGACGAGGACCGCGCGCGGCCUGGUGACGGGACUCUGAGGGUGAACCAGGAGAAUGUGGUGAAGGUGGGCCACAGACAGGUGGUCAACAUGAUCCGCCAGGGAGGCAACCGGCUCCUGAUCAAGGUGGUGACAGUGAGCCGGAAUCUGGACCCUGACGACACGGCACGCAAAAAAGCCCCUCCGCCUCCAAAGAGAGCCCCGACCACCGCCCUGUCCAUGCGCUCCAAGUCCAUGACCUCAGAACUGGAGGAACUUGUGGAUAAAGCCACUCUAAGGAAAAAGAAAGGUGACAAGGUUGAAGAGAUGACGCACGCCCAGAAGACCUCGCCUGUUGAUACAAAGAUUGCCACAAUCAAGCCACGCCCAUCCAGUCGCUGUUUGGUUACAGCAGCUGAUAUGAAUUCCAUGUAUCAUGACCGCCAGGGAGUAGCAGUGGUGCCACCCACUGUGCCUGGGGCCUUUCUGGGGAUACCUGAAAAGAGCACUUUGAAAAAGCAAAAGUCCAUAGGUACAUCGGAGGAUGAGAAACAGGGAUUCCUCACACCUCCCCUACUCAAGUUCUCCCGCAGCCUCUCUAUGCCCGACACCUCAGAAGACAUCCCUCCUCCUCCAGCCAUCUCACCUCCUUCGCCACCGGACUACAACUCAGCUGCUGCCCCAACGCCCAAGAGCUACGGCACCACUCGACCCAGCUUCACCCAGAACUCACCCAAUGCAGUGAAGACGAUUAGCCGGACCACCGACGUUGGUACGUUAAGGCGUGGCUAUUUCCGCCAGAGCUCCGAGCACUUUGAGACCACACGCAUUCGAGGGCGUACACCUGUGCCGGAGAACCCUUACUCCGAGGUGGGCAAUAAGACACUGUAUGUGCCAGCCAAACCAGCUCGAAGGAAGGGCAUGCUAGUAAAGCAGCCCAACGUUGAGGACAGUCCCGAGAAAACGUGUCGUAUGCCAGCUAACCCCUCGGGCGCGGUUUCCAUGCCUACUACGCCAGUAGAACGAACUUGCUCUUCCAUUCCCAUCCCCACUAUCAUCGUAAAGGAGCCCUCCACCAGCAGCAGUGGAAAGAGCAGCCAGGGUAGCAGUAUGGAGAUCGAGCCCACCACCCCUGAACACCCACCUCUAACGCCCACUGUUGGUGGUUUGCGUCCUGAAGACCCUAUGUCUCUAAGCAACCCCUUUGCGGCAGCUAUUGCCGGAGCAGUACGGGACCGGGAAAAGAGGCUAGAGGCAAAAAAGCAUUCAAUUGCCUUCCAGUCAGUAGACAUGGGGGAUGAUGACUUCGGUGGUCCCACACCAACACCUCGCCUUCGCCAUUCAAAGUCUAUCGAUGAAGGCAUGUUUAGUAGCGACGAGCGGCUUCGAAGGAUAUUGGGUCCUCCUCUCGCAUCACAGCUUGGGCCCCCUGUUGGGGGCGGUAGUGGCAACAUGACAGAUUUCAACACUCCUGAGCCUACAGUGGUACGGGAACCUCUAAACACUAGAACAGGCCAGUGUCCCAACCUGGACAGUCCUGUUAGUCUCCCAGCCACUCCUCCUAAGAGCCACUACAGGGCCAAUGGGACCUACCUCCAUCCUGUCACCGGCAAGCCCUUGGAUCCUAAUUCUCCACUUGCUCUGGCCCUGGCAGCUCGUGACCGGGCGAUGAAGGAGCAACAAAACCAUCCUCAGAAUCAGGCACCAAAUCCUCCUCAGGUUCAGCAAACGCCCAAGCACGAAGCCCAGUCCCUCCCAAUUCAGCCAAGCCACAAACCAGACCUCAACCAACCGCUGUUUAUUGACACCAAACUACGCUCCGGGAUCGAGACAAGUUUCGCUGCAAUCUCCUCAGCAACCAUGGGCCGGCCUGGCCGAGGCGGUCUGCGGAGGCAGGCCACAGAGCAGAAGUAUGAGUCUGAUGGGGCACGGGAAGAACGGCAGCAUCAGGCAGCUGAGGAGAGGAAAAGUGCGCCAGCCGAUGUGGCAGACACAUCACCGCCCAAGUCAGCCGGGCUGUUGAUGGUCCACACCAGCAACGAAGCAAGCAACAAGGUGAACAACCAAGAGGUGGAGGGGCAGGACAGCAACAGGCCUUCUGAGCUGAAGGACCCCAACCAACCCGAUCCUAUCAACGCUACAACACUGUCCGUCAAUCCUCAGCCACCCUCAUCACGGAGGAGGAGCAUUCCCUUAGGCGAGUCCAUGGAUGAACCCGUAAAGCUGCCCUUCCGCAUCCCCCCUCCCCCUCUGGCCUCAGUUGACAUCGAUGAGGACUUUGAGUUCUCGGAGCCCCUUCCCCCGCCGCUAGAGUUUGCCAACAGCAUUGACAUUCCUGAUGACCAGGCUAGUGCCAUUGCAGAGAUGCUUCAUCAACAGAGACGGAAUGGGGGACACCCUCUACCCCCAUACCAUGCUCACGCCCCACCGCCUGUCACUGAUCAACACAAACGGGUGGCAAACAGCAUGCCCCCCUCGUAUCCUCCCCCUCCACCUGACUCAGAGUCAGGGGUGGGUGACUCGGGCAUCGAGGAGGUAGACAGCCGCAGUAGCGGGGAUCCUCAGCACAUGGAGACCACCAGCACCGUUUCCAGCAUCUCCACCCUGUCAUCGGAGGGAGGCUUCUGCGACAGCGCUCUGGAGAGCCUUUAUGCCACCGCGGACGGGCAUGCCUUCCUGGUGGAUCGGCCCCCUGUGCCACCCAAACCCAAGGGCAAGUCCGUCAUCAACAGAACAUCACUUUAUCAUGAUACUCUCAUUGAAGAGCCCCCGGAGUCCUAUGGGUCGCCUCCUCAGGCCCCUCCCCCUCCCCCUUCAUCCUCAGAACCUCCUAGGACUCCAACUCAAAGGACAUCCAAGCUGUGGGGCGAUCAGCCCCCUGAGCUGCGCAGCCCCCCAUCCACACCAGACUCCAAGAACACAGUUAUCACCGAGCUGAGCUCCAUUCUGCAGCACAUGAAUCGCGACAGGCCAGCCAAGCCAGGAGAAAGCCUCGACUCCCCCACGGGGACCAGGGGGGGCUUCGGAACAAGGCUUCCCGCAGACGACUCAGGGAUGCGUAACAACGCUGCGGCCGCCGCCCUCGCCUCCACCCCUCCCAGCAGCCUCCCCUCCCAGACGCACCCCUGCAGCCCGCCAGACUCCGGCUCCUCCCUCACCCCCUGCUCCUCGCUGCCACCCUCCGUGUCGCCCACCCUCACCGACGUCUUCGGCCUGCCCACCCCGCCCAUGGGCAGCGGCGGCGCCUACAGCCUGAGCUCGUCGUGCGGCGGCAGCGGGAGCUCGCGCUCGCCGUCGCCGCUCACCCUGAUGCAGGCGGUGGCGGCCUCGGGCAAGCCGUUCGCCUCCAAGCCCAUGGAGCUGUGGAGCAAGCACGACGUGGCCGACUGGCUGGAGAGCCUGAACCUGGGCGAGCACCGGGACGCCUUCCUGGACAACGAGAUCGAGGGCGCCCACCUGCCCUCGCUGCAGAAAGAGGACCUGAUAGACCUGGGCGUGACCAGGGUGGGCCACCGCAUGAACAUCGAGCGGGCCCUCAAGCUGCUGCAGGACAGAUAAGAGCCCCGAGGAGACGGGGGGGCGACGCGCGGAGUCCGGGGGGGCCGAGGAAAAAGGGAGAGGGGAGGUGUUUCCCGCUCACUUUUUACCGAUCUCUUCAUCAGACAUAAUCUCAAGUCGUUGAACUGGGUAGACGUUUCUUUUUUUUUUGUCCAAGCUGAUGCUGCCUCUUGCUGUUUUUUUGUCCUCUCUCAUCCUCCGCCGCCCUCAUCUCAGCGCUCCGGUCUUGUCCGCCCCCCUCUUCAAUUUCUUCCCACCGCCUCGAGCAUCAGGGGAUCAGGGGAUCACGGGACGUCGGGCGGGAACCGCAGGGGGAGAGAGAGAAGAGAAUAGCUGCUAUGUCACAUCAAGGAGAGCAAACAGCAGAGGACGCCAGUACGAAGGACUGACCAGAAAACGAAACAGAAAGAAAAACUCUGGAAUAGCGUCUGGAAGUUUAUUUCACAUAAAAGACUCCUGCUCACCCAACUGCUUUGGAAUACUAAAAGACUUUUUCCAUACACCCCGGUGUGGGUGCAUGAAAAACCAGCUGAGCUGGUCGUUGCUCCUUUUCUAUCUUUGCUAGAGUUUGUUCAGAAAAUAAUAUUUCUUCACUAGAGUCCUACCGGAGUUAUAUUUCUGGGUGCAUCUAAGGUUGUAGAGACAAAUUUGAGAUAGAGACUUUUUUUUGUCGUUGUUGCUUUUCACCUCGUUUGUGUCAAAAUAAGAACAUUAGCUGACGUGUUUAAAGAAAUACUAAACCAUAUCUUGUGUCCUUACAGACACACACACACACACACACACUUUAUGCACAGUGCCACACACUGACAAACAAGAAUACACACUGUCUUCACAGAUAUACACACCCUAAGCAUGUGUACACACACCGUUACUGCGAUGGCCUUCUUCUCCUGAGAGAGAGCAAAGCGUGGAGAGAGGUGGUCACCAGAGGAGGAGCGCCGCUGUUACUGUAGCAGGGGCCCCCAGGGCCCCUCGCCAGUCCACACCCACCCGGUGUCCACCUCAUCAUACAAGGAAAACCAAGGGGAGGACACGAGGUACAAGACGGACAGACAAACGUUGGACCAGAAAAGUUUUACCAGCUUGUCUGUCUGCAAAGGGCGUCCUUGUCCCUCUUGGCUUUACCUUCUAGUUUUGUGUGUAUGAGUGUGUGUGUGUGCGCGUGUGCGUGUGUGUGUGCGUUUCACUGGUCAACCCAAAAUAUCAUUAAGGCCAGUUUAGCUAUUUCCAUGGAUCCGCUAUAUAGGCCACAGUAUAGGGAAACUAGAGCUGUUCUUUACUUUUGUACUUUACUUUUCUUCAUUCUGUCAAAUCUCCUUCCACUUCACCAUUAGCAGGUCAACACAGGCGUUCAUGUGGCCCCGCAGCGAUGCUAAUGUUUCAAACACCCUGUGUGUGUACGGGGUAGAAGUUGAGGUGUUUUUAGAGAGAGCUUUACAAGGUACGUUUUAAGGAACAGUUUGACGAUUUGGGAAAUACGCUCAUUCGCUUUCUUGCAGUUAGUUAACACGUUUCAAACCCUGUUUGAAACGUGGUUCCUAUUGGCCGUAUUUACAUUCGGGCUGAAGCAGUUUCCUGUCUUUUUAAUUCAAUUUCGUUUUAAUUAUAGUGUCAAAUUAUAACAAGUUAUCUCAGGACACUUUUAAUGAUAGAGUCGGUCUAGACCACACUCUAUAAUUUACAGAGACCCAACAACGAUUCCCCCCAGGAGCAAGCGUUUGGUUCCUUGGUGUUUUCACAGUGCUUUUCAUAGUUUUUACACAUCUAAGAAUCUAUGUGUGAAUUUUCAUAUAUCUACAUGGACAUUUACAUGUCUAAUUAGUAUACAAAAGUGAUUUUGAAGAGAGAAAGCAGUAAGAACGCUUGGGCGACGCUCAGGUGGCAGUAUAGGUGGAAAUUUAGGAGCUUUUACUGCCUAAUCUGGAAUUGUUGGAGCAUGCAGUUUUUACUUUUUUAACAGAAGUACGGUCACAGAUGUGUUGACAGAAAUGAUGUUCAUUUGGGCGACUUGUUAAUAUGGUUAUUACUCCCCUUUUUACAGCAGGGAGAUAGAUGUGUCUGUGUAUGGCCAAGGAUAACACACUGCUAAUUCACCGGUAUUAGCUUCCUUUUGCCAACUCUUGUAAAGACAAAGAUAAAGUAAAUGGUGAAAAUUAUAUUCUGUUAGAAAGGUAAGAAGUUACACUUUAGUUUGACACCAUUGAAAUUAACUGAAAACAUUACAAUAACUUUUAUAUUUGUAUUUAAACAGAUGUUUUUAAUAGAACGUUAGCCAAAAAGUGUCAGAGCAUGAACACCACGGUCAUGUCUGUAACGUUACACUAAAUGUAAAGCUGGAAGCAGGAGUCAAUUAGCUUAGCAUAAAGACUGGAAGCCGUCUCUUCUGGCUCUGUUUGUUUUACAACUAUUGGAUGGGUUACUAUGAAAUUCUGUACACAUAUUAAUGUUUUCCUCGGUAUAAAACGUAAUAACUUUUGGUUGUUACACAACUUUUCCUCUAGCGCCAUCAUCAGGUUAAAACAGAACUACUAAUAUAAACCACGGACAUUCCCGUCAGCCUCAGCUGUACUUUGUGCUUAGUGCUAGUUAGCAAAAUAGCAACUAAGAUGAUGAACAUGGUAAACAUUAUACCUGCUAAAACAUCAGCAUGUUAGCAUUGUCAUUGUGAGCAUGUUAGCAUGCUGAUGUUAGCAUUUAGCUCAAAGCACCACUGUGACAAGUACAGACUCAGAGCUGUAGCGCGGCUGGAGCUGUUUCCAGUCUUUAUGUUAUGUUAAGCUAAGAUAAGCUAAUCGUCUCUUGGCUCUAGCUCUAUAUUUACAUGACAGCGGUAUCAAACAUUUUCAUUAAACUCUCAGCAAGAAAAUGAAAAAGCGUAUUUUCCAGGCUGUCAUUCGAUAGCAUUUUAUUGACUUUGAAUCCAGUGUCAGAUCCUUUAGGAGGCCUUUUAGCUUUCAACAGUUUUAAGUAACACAAGUUGUAACAAGUAACCUUAUACUUAAGAACUCAUAGGUUGACAUUUAAAGAGCUAAAACUCCAGUUUUACCAGAGAAAUUAUGUUUUCUAUAUACCUAAAUGACUACCUGAACAUUUUGUACAUUGUUCUUUGUUAAAAAAAAAAGAAAAAGAAGAAGAUUAAAGAGUCAAUAAGAGACUCGUUAGCAUUAAGCUAACUCGCGCUCGACUCCAACCAGAUCCCAAAUGAACCGAACAGCAUCCCAAACCGGAGCAGCUGUUUUGAGGUACAAUUCUGUGAUUUGAAACACAGAGUCAAAGGUAAAACACAGUUUUAGACCAAAACAGCCUUCAGGAGAGUGUUUUCUUCUCACAAAAGAAGGCUGUAGACGCAACACUGCGUUAACAAAGCUGUUGCAGACUGACGCUGGCGGCCCCGACAGAGAACUUUUCCUCUAAAUCAUCAGGUUCCUUCUUUGUGGAGCGACUUCAGCCAGAUAGAUGACGUGAAAUCUCGUUGAAUCCUUGGCUUUAAGAGCAGAUGGAGAUUGUGGGGCUUCAGGGUUUUAUGUCAAAUUACGUGCGUUCACGUAAGUCCACAUGCCUUGGCCUUCCCCUUUUAAAGCUAUAGUGCGUAGUUUUCUGUCUCCCCCAUGAGGAAUUCUAAGUAAUGACAACAAAAUGUUGCCUCACCCCCCCCCUCCACACAGUUGCUAGUAGCCAAGG